UUCGCGCAUAAUAAAUUUAAAAAUUACAAAUUUUAAUAUGAAUAAAUAUAAACCAAAAAAAUUUAGUAAUGCAAAUAACUAUGCUGCUAAAAAAUUGAAGGUGGACAAUGAUGAUGAUUAUGACGAUACCCCAAAUUUUUCGACUUUUGAGCAGGAAUUGGCAAUGUUUGAAGAAAUGGAAAUGGAAUCACAAAAUUCUGAGGAAAUUAGCAUAAAUUCAAAAUCAUUGAAAGAUAAUAUAAACUUAAAAUGGGCAAGACCUCCAGCUUUAUCAAUGGAUGAAUCUAUUGAUAAACUGAUUUUUCAACAAAUUGAUAUUGACUCAUAUAUAGGUACUCCAACUGACCCUUUAAGCAUUAAUAAAGAAACCUCUAUUGUGAGGAUGUAUGGAUCAACUAAAGAUGGCAACAGCGUGACCUGCCAUGUUCAUGGAUUUUUUCCCUAUUUUUAUAUUGACAAACCUUCAGAUCUUAAAGAUGCUGAUAUACCUUUAUUUAAACAAGCAUUGCAUGAAUCUUUACGAACAGAAUUUAAAAGCAAAACACAAUUGACUACCUGCAUUAUGGAUUUAGAAAAUGUCGAAAGGCAAAAUUUAUAUGGAUAUCAUGGGAACAAGUUGUCCAAUUUCUUAAAAAUUUCACUUGCUCUACCUCGUCUUGUACCAGUUGCCAAGAGGAUAUUGGAAAGAAACUUUGUUACCCCAUACACAGAUAAGUCCAUAUUCCAAACUUACGAAAGCAAUAUUGAUUUUGAGAUAAGAUUUAUGGUUGAUUCCAAAAUGGUCGGAGGAAGUUGGAUAGAACUGCCUCCUACCAAAUUUUCUUUAAGGAAAGGCGAAAAGAAUAAAAUAACUCGUUGCCAAAUAGAAGUGGACAUUCCGUAUUGGGGUGACAUUAUCUCUCAUUCACCCAACGAACCACAAUGGUCCCACAUUGCCCCAUUUAGAAUUUUAAGCUUCGAUAUAGAGUGUUCCAAUAGAAAAGGAGUAUUUCCUGACCCGGCAUUUGAUUCCGUUAUCCAAAUAGGCAAUAUGGUAGCCAAACAUAGUGAGUCAGCUCCUUUUAUUCGAAACGUUUUUACACUGAAUACUUGUGCUCCUAUAGUAGGAAGCGACGUGUAUUGUUUUGAUAAAGAGAUACAACUAUUGCAGAAAUGGGCUGAAUUUAUUAGACAAGUUGAUCCCGACAUUAUAACUGGUUACAACAUACAAAACUUUGAUUUCCCUUAUCUUAUCAAUAGAGCUAAUGCUAUCAAAGCGUCCGAUUUUUUCUAUCUCGGCAGAAUAUCCUACCUCAAGACGGGUUUCAGAGAAUCUACCAUUCAAUCCAAACAAAUGGGGAGAAGGGAGAACAAGCUUAUAGCUAUGGAAGGGAGGAUCAUAUUCGAUUUAUUUCAAAUAAUACUCAGAGAACAUAAACUCAGGUCCUAUUCUUUAAAUGCCGUCAGUUUUCAUUUUUUGGAAGAGCAGAAAGAAGAUGUUCAACAUUCCAUUAUUACGGAUCUACAAAAUGGCAACGAUCAAACCCGCCGACGGUUGGCAGUUUAUUGUAUGAAAGACGCCUAUCUUCCUCUUAGACUACUGAAUAAAUUGCUGUGCUUGAUCAAUCACAUUGAAAUGGCUAGAGUGACGGGAGUUCCUCUUAAUUAUUUGCUAACUCGAGGACAGCAGAUUAAAGUUUUGAGUCAACUCCUGAGAAAGGCCAAAGAAAAGAAUUUGAUAAUUCCUGCUUAUCAAGGGGAAUCUGGGGAAGAAUUCAUUGGGGCAACUGUCAUUGAACCUAUCAAAGGAUAUUACGAUUCACCCAUUACUACGUUAGAUUUUUCAUCCCUGUACCCUUCUAUAAUGAUAGCUUACAAUCUCUGUUACAGUACUCUGGUCUUGCAUGACAAAUACGGAAUUUCAAAUGAUGAGAUAACAACAACGCCCUCUAAUAACCAUUUUGUCAAACAAUCCGUUUACACUGGUAUAUUACCCGAAAUUCUGACUGAUUUGAUGACCGCUAGGAAAAAAGUCAAGUUGGCGUUAAAAUCAGAAACUGACAUAUUUAUAAAGCAAGUGCUUGAUGGAAGACAACUGGCCAUAAAGAUUAGUGCCAAUUCUGUAUAUGGGUUUACCGGGGCUCAAAAUGGGAAACUUCCUUGUUUAGAAAUUUCUCAGAGUGUAACGGCUUAUGGUAGACUCAUGAUCGAACAAACUAAAAAAGUCAUUGAAGAUCACUACACCAUCAGUAAUGGAUUUGCGCAUGAUGCUAAGGUAGUAUAUGGUGAUACUGAUUCUGUCAUGAUUAAAUUUGGGCUCACUUCAUUGGCCGAAACAAUGAAUUUAGGGCGAGAAGCUGCUGAAUAUGUUUCUAAACAUUUUCCAUCUCCCAUUUUACUCGAAUUCGAGAAAGUAUAUUUUCCUUAUCUGCUAAUCAACAAAAAACGUUACGCUGGCCUCUCUUACACCAAACCAGAGGCUUACGAUAAACUAGAUUGCAAGGGUCUUGAGACUGUUAGGCGAGACAAUUGUCCUCUAGUAUCGAAUCUCAUAAAUUCCUGCCUGCACACCAUUUUGAUUGGAAGAAACCCCCAAUCUGCCGUCAAUCAUGCCAUCCAAAUAAUAUCGGAACUUUUGUGCAAUAAGAUAGACAUAUCUCAACUUGUAGUGACUAAAGAACUUACCAAAACAGAUAAAGAAUAUGCUGGCAAACAAGCCCACGUUGAGCUAGCUCACAAAAUGAGAAAAAGAGACCCGGGCAGUGCUCCAUCAUUGGGAGAUAGGAUACCUUACGUUAUCAUAGCUGGUUCAAAAGGAUCGCCAGCUUAUACAAGAGCGGAGGAUCCAAUAUAUGUGUUAGAAAAUAACAUACCAAUCGAUACACAAUAUUAUUUAGAUAAUCAAAUAUCUAAGCCACUUUUGAGGAUAUUUGAACCUAUUUUGGGGGAUAAAGCGGAAUCAAUAUUAUUGAGGGGAAAACAUACUCUUACCAAAAGCGUUCCAAUAUCGAAAACUGGAAGCUUAUCUCAAUUCACGACAAAACAUGCCCAAUGCUUGAAUUGCAAAACAAUAUUAUAUAGCGCCAAAACUGAUUCUAAGAUUAUAUGCAAUCAUUGUUUACCCGUCGUAUCUGAAGUUUAUCAAAGAGAAAUUUUAAAGCUAAAUGAAUUGGAACAAAAUUUUUCAGAAUUAUGGACUGAAUGCCAAAGAUGUUCGGGUAGCUUGCACGAAGAUGUCCUUUGUACAAAUCAAGACUGUCCAAUAUAUUACAUGCGUAAAAAAGUACAAAUGGAUAUAGGCAAUCAAAAUGAAUUGGUCCUAAAAUUUGAUUAACUUGGUUCUGAUUAUAUUUUAUUACAGAAAAUGAUUGAUUAUCUGUAUAUUUUAUACACAUUAAUAAAUAC